AUGUCUCAAGGUUCCGAACGCUCACUCACCACCACCACCAUCUCCUCCCCAAACACCACCCCCAAUUCCCUUCCUAGUGCACACCAUUUUGUGUCACUGAAACUCACCCAUUGGAACUAUCUGUAUUGGAGAACGCAAAUUAUACCAUUUUUACGUGGACAGCGACUUCUCGGCUUCAUCGACGGCUCGCGGCCAUGCCCUGCUUCGUUCAUCGAACUCCCUGCCGAUAAGCAGUCUGACGCCGCUGCCUCCGCCACACUGAAUUCGGCGUACGAAGCAUGGAUUGAGCAGGAUAUUUCCAUCCUAUCCUUGCUCAUCUCGUCGAUCUCGGAGGAGGUGAUGUACCUCACGCUUGGACAGACGACUUCCCGUGCGGUGUGGCUUGCGGCAGAGACAGCGCUCGGUUCUUCUUCGCAGGUUUGCUGCCUCAAUCUCAUGGGGAAGUUCCAAUCACUUCGACAGGGGGAUAGCUCGACACCGGAGUAUCUCGGGCGUGCACAGCAUUUGGUUGAGGACCUAGCGCUCGCCGGGCGGCCGAUGACGUUGUCAGAGCAGAACUUAUAUGUUUUCCGGGGGCUGCGGCCGGAGUUCCGGUCUAUGGCAGCCUCCCUGGCGGUCACUGGUACGCCGGUGACGAUCCCGCAGCCGGCGGAUUAUUUACAGGCACAAAAAUUCAUCAAUGCGGAUGAUUUUCCGGUCUAUCAACCAGCAACGGCGAGCGGUGUUCCCUCGGCGUUGUAUGCCGGCCGAGGUGGACGGCAACAAGGCAGUGGCGGCCGUGGUUAG